AUGACGUCCGAUUUUUCACUUCGGCGGCAACGGAAAGUUGUCAUCACCACAUCUCCCGCUCCUUCCGAGUCUGAUUCACGCCGCGAUUCCUACUUUUCAGAAGCCUCUCAGUCAACAGCACCUACAUCAUAUCACUCAGUUUCCGGCUCUAAUAACAAAACCCUCGAUGUAUCCCAAGGCCAUAAACCCACGACGGGAAUGAAAGCACCAACUCCUGCCGAGCGCAGAUUUGACAUGACAUCAUCCUCGAUCGCCACAUUCGACUCAGUUUUGUCUGAGAUGGCACCUUUAUGUCGCGAUUUGCCAGUCGGUGGCGAGGAUCUGGAGAUUGAAACUGAAGAUGAGGUAGAAGAAGAAGAAGAGCAGGAAAGUGGCGACGACGACGACGAUGAUGACAGGGAGGAUGAUCAAGAAGACGCAGACAAGGACUUCAUUCUGUCCGACCCCGAAUCGCUUCACAUCCCUCCAGUACUGCCACCUUAUCGCGGGACAUCCAACGAACGACCUUGCCGACCAUCUACACCUCAGGACUUUAGUCGACUAUUUCCUUCACUGGACCGACUUGCUGUGCGCCAUGAUGAUUGUACCUCCGACGGCAAUAUGAAUCUCCGUGUUGAUACCGUGGUCCCAUUUGGACAUUCUCGACGAACACUCGCAGUCCAGCUCUUCCACCUUCGCAUGCACGACCUUGUUCGCCGCGAGUUCUCCCUGCGCCGGUAUUGCCGUGACUCUGGCCGCGAGGUUUGCAAUUCCAAGCGCACAUAUGCUCCAGCACCUACUGGUACCGUUGCCGCAGCACGCCCUGCCAUCCAACGGUCAAUGAGUUCUGCCAUGCGGACGAUGACCACGCCGUUUCACCGACCUACGUCCAGCACGUCCUCAAUCUUCAAACACGGCAAUGCUGCCAGCGCUUCAGACAACGCUUCGGUUUGGUCUGGCUCGCACCACACCGACAGGUCGGAGUCACAAACACCCAAGCCUAAGGCACGAAUGGUACCCACCAACCGUAUCAAGCUCGAAUUUAGCAACUACGCUCGUGUGGACAUUGCGCGACGAGGUGGACGCACGAACAAGCGGUAUGAGUUUGAAUGGUGGGGUCACACGUACGCCUGGAAACGUGUAAUCGACAAGAACCUCAAUGUAGUCUCAUUCCACCUUGUGCGAGAUGGCCAUGGCACCCCUAUUGCCCAUAUCGUUCCUGAAAUGCGCAGUCCUAACCAGGUUCUCGACGACGAGAUGGCUGGUGCUUGGGUUACCCCUUGCUAUAUAUGGAUUAGCGACAAUAGUAUUAUUGAUGCUAUUACAGAUGUGGCUGAUGUCAUCAUUUCUACUGGUCUCAUUUCCCUCGUCGACGACUGCAUCAAAGAGCGAUGGCAAGCCAAAAAACCUUCACAUCGUGCCAUUCGCAGGGACACUGCCGACUUGAACCAGUCGAACCCUCGCUCAUUCAUGCCCAGCUUCUUCCAGCGUCGUCACUCUGAGGAACAUUCUUCGAGUCGUGGCUCGAUGAGAUUUGGUCGUAAGCCUGUUGCUGCGUAUUGA